AUGACGAACAGAAUGGAUAUCGACUUCCCACAGUCUAGGGGUGCCAGGCCGGGUUUCGCAGACUGCUACAGGCCCCAUCCAUCGCCAGCUCCAACGAGAGAUCCCCGGCCGAGACCUAGUCCGAGGCCGAAUAUAAGACCACCAUCCUCCGUCUCACUUCCCCCGAAACCACUGGCGACAUCUACCUUGGGUGGUCCUGGCCCAUCGGGAGCUUCUUCAGCCUCCACAAAUCCUAACACUCCAAACCUACGAAUCACCACAACGACCGCACCCAUCCCAAAUCGGCCGGCACCAAAUGACCCUCCGUCAAGUCCCCAGGCAGCCGUGUCCCUCUUGGACGUGAUAACAUCUGUGAUAAAAGCCGACAAAUGUCAACAGGAGAAAGACAGACUAGAGAAGGAAAUACCCACAUUCGAACGGAACCUUCAAAAAGCCAAACAAUCCCAAGUCUUCCCUGGUACUAUCUCUUUGUACCAGCAACAGCUGGACGCAGCAAAAGAUGAGUUGGCCAAGCAAAUCGAUAUCAUCGAGCAAAGUCGGUCGGUGUCAAGCAAAGCCCAGGAGAUUUUGCUUAGUCAUUGGUCUCAGCCAAAGGCUCAGCCUGAGAUCAAAAAGAUGUCGGACAAGAUUGAGAAAAUGGAGUCACAAAUGCGGGAUUUGAAGACGCAAGCCAUGCGAUCUGCCUCCAGCUCAAGCGUUCCGGACGAUAAACUUAAGGCGAUCAACCACAACAUCUCAAAGCUUCGAGAAACCGAUACCUCGACGACCAACAAUCUCACCAACAUUGACGGGCGAUUAAAGACAGUCGAAGCCGCACUCUCAACACUUCAAAGAAAAUCCGAGAUCCCCACUGGAACGAUGGAGGUUCGUGUGCAAAAACUAGAAAAUUCGAUACAUUCGCACUCUGUCCGAUUAGGGCACAUUGACAUUUCGAGCACCAAACCCUACAUGGAUCUUGAGGCGAACGUUUCCGAGCUUCAGGGCAACGUAUCCAAGCUUCAGGGAAACCUUUCUAAGCUUGAAAGCAACAACUCCAGGCUGGACAGCGACUUGAAAAUGGUCGACAAGAAACAUCAAGACAGAAUCUCUGGUGUUAACAAGGAACUUAAAACAGCCAACAAUGAGCUGAGCGGGAGAGUAUUUCCCCUUGAGCGCCAAGUGACACUCCUCAAAUCCCAACAACGCUCUGCCAGCGGUGACGCACCUUCUGGGACACCUGAAGCUUCCUCAUCUUUCACGAAUCACAGAUUGUCCUCCUUGGAGCAAGAAGUCCGGGCACAAGGAACCAAAGUUCAGGGAAUCAUGAAAAUCCACCAGGAUGUGCAAGACGAGUAUUUCGCAGAGCUAGAGAAAUUGAAAACGUCCAUCGAUUUGUUAAAGGAGGAACACGAGAAGACCAAAGAAGAUGUGACCAGGGCCGACCAGAAAAAUGAGGACCUGAUCAAAAAACUUGGAACUAUUCAUGCGAGCAUUGGUACACUUUACAACUUUUAUACGAAAGUUGAAACCGAUCUUUUGAAGUCAAACCAGCAAUUUCGAACCGAGCUGGACAAUUAUCGCAGUGAUUGGACGGCGUCUGUAGACAAAAUACGAAGCGAUCUGACCACGUAUUGCAGCAGUUGCUCAAUGAUGGUUAGCCGGCUCCGGAAUGACUUGAACGAAGCUUCGAAGCUCAUAGAAACAAUGACACCCGCUUUCCAGGAAGCGAAAAAAUGCACCGAUCUUCUAAUAAGUCAUAGCGUUUCCCUUCGAUCGCUCGAGACGCGAUGGUCAAACAUCACUACCGGUGAUUUGGUCAAGUCCAUGUCGGAUGCUAUGCUUGAAAUGAGCCCCUUGGUCAACCUCAACCAAAGGGUUCAAACGCAUGUAACUGAGACCAGAAACAAAUUUGCCGCUCUCACGGCAGAUAUCGCUCAAUUGUCUCCCGGAGAUAAAAACGCACUGGCAGCGUAUCCAUCUAUGUUGGAAAAAGUGAACAGCCUUUCGCAGCGUAUCAAUCCAAUGCAGACAGCUCUCGAUCACCUUUCCAUCCUUGCGAAAGAUAUGGCCAACUUACGGCAACAAUCGCAAUUAUCUCCUGAAGACAAAAAGACACUGGCACAAUUUCCAAAGAUCUUCGACACGGUGACCACCAUCUCGCAACGUUUCGGUCCGAUGAAAGAAUCGCUCGAUCACCUUUCCACCCUUGUAAAUGAUAUGCCCAACUCAAGGCAACAAUCGCAAUUAUCUCCUGAAGACAAAAAUACACUGGCACAGCUGGCACAAUACCCAAAGAUGUUGGAGAGGGUGACCGACCUUUCACAACGUGUCGAGCUCAUGCAGCACACUUUCAAUCAACACUCACCCAGCUUACAAAAGCUACUGCAGGAAAUGAGUAAUUUGGCCAACAAGGUCACAGCUAACGAGGAGAUGAUCUUUAGUGUUGAUGCCAAAAUUGAUGAGUUGGAUCCCGCAGAGCCCUCUGCGGAACUCAUUGAAUCUAUGAAAAAGAUUGAUCCGUUGAUUGCUAAGGUUGACGGCCAUAUCUUACAAUUGGAACAGGUGCAAAAAGAUGUUGCCGCGUUCAACAGAGCAGAAGCCGAGCGCUGUAAUGCGGAUCUACAGCAUCUCACAGAGGUCAACACACGUUUAUCAGACCUGGAAGCCAAUAUUCCACAACGAGAGGAAAUCCAACAUCUGCUCGCAGAAGUGGAAGGUGCUAAAUUACGGGAUGAGGUGCUAGAACACCGCUUGGCGGACCUGGGAUCCAAGGCUGAGGGAAUAGGACACCAGCUGGCAGACCUCAAAGCCACUAAGCUUCUUACUGAAGAACUUAGGGGUGAACUCGAUUUCCUUAGUCCUAAAAUCACAGAGCUUGAGACCCAAUACCAAGCCAUCGAAGACGACGGUAUCAAGUUGACAGAUGACCAAUUGAAACGCUUGCGGGAACGGCUGGCCGGUGAGCCGAUCCAUAACAUGCUUCAUCGUCUACGGAAAGCCGAGGACAACAUCAAACAAGCCCUCAGCAAUGCUGGACGUCCGCUAGAGGUGCGUGCUCUCAAAGGGCCAAGCAACAACACCUCUAGCCCAUCCAAAGCCUCCACACCCUCCCCCGCCGUACCCUCGGUUUCGACCCUAGGGGUUCAUGUACCAGCCAACCCGGCUUCUCUUCCCAAAUACGGACCAUGUUCUAGUCAACAGCCUGGUACUCCCGCUCAAUUGACUCCUCCUACAAAGCCCGGUCUAUCGUCUGGAACGUCAAGCGGCUCAGAGGGUAGAACAUCGUCACUCAAAAAGCCCGAAAAUCAGCAAGUUCAAUCAUUGAAAGCGGGCAACCGGCGUCACUCUUCUGCGUCGCCCUCAGAGGAUGAAAAAAGCACACCAGGCCCUUCCUCUAGGGCAUCUUCACCAGCACCUAGCGUUCCUUCGGGCCUUGGCAAAAAAGAGAAGAAGAAGGAGAUGAUGGCUAAGAGGAAAGCAGAGAGAGAAACGAGAGGAAGCUCCGUGACAAAGCCGAAAAAGAAAAGGCAAAAGCAUGAGGUCCAAGCCUAG